AUGUCUAAACUCAAACUAACAAUAUACACAAUACUCACAUUAAUCACACACACAAUACCAUACACGAGAGGAUUCAUAGCUUAUGACUGCUCUGGCACGAAACUCAAUAUUACAUCUUUCAACACACUAAACGUAGAUUACUGCUCACCCCCCCUACCAAACAAAAUAGACAAAAUCCCGAUUAUGAAAUUACUACAAAUCAGAGAAACAGUACAAAUACAAUUUCAAGCAUGCUACAUCGUAGCUGACUAUUUAAUUACGAAAUGCGCCAGUUUCGACGAUGCUCAAGUCGUAAGAAAUGGUUACUUUACAGAACUUAUACAAAUAGGUGCAGCUCAAUGUGCUGAUGCACACGCUAGGCGUGCUUACGAAUUUUACCAAGGCAUAACAGCAAAUAAUAUUAGAAUAAAUCAGACAAUGUAUUUUUCGGACGUUAUUAAAGGCGCAGUCAACCAUAAUGGCGACUGCACUGGAGAAACAUUCAGAACAGACAAAUUCGAAUGGGACAAUGUAUUAGUACAAGCUAAAUACAAAAUAUUGUUAUCAGAAGGGGUAGCAGUAGCCAACAGCAGGGAAGACCUACUUGUACUACCCACAGGCACUCGUUUGAAAUUAUCUGAGUCAUAUGGUAUGGACUCACACAAAGGAGAAAUCAUUUGGAAAUACAACCAACAAACAAACUGUGAUGUCAACGAUUAUGACACCUUAUAUGAAGGCCCAGCCACUCUGAUAACAUCUAAACAAUCCCAAAACUCAUCUAAUGAAAUACAAACUUUCUUAGUCGAAUCCGACAAAAUUGCAUUUGCCCUACAAAAAUUAAAUAUUGAUUAUGCAUGCCAUAUACCAGUUUUUCGAACCGAACAUCCGAGGUUAUUCAUAUUAACAGACCGUACCAACAUACCAUUUUUUCACACUAAACCUAUUUCUACAUACAAUACAGAUUUAAUGGCUUACAUAAAUACAAAAUUUGUUUAUAUACAAAACAUUCUACAAGCCACCGUCACAUCCAUGUAUAUCGAUCUGGUGACCAAACAAUGUCACUUAGAAAGAAACAUACUCAUGCAAAAAUUAUCACUAGCUUCAUACAGCUUAUCAGAAUUCGCUUACACAAUGGGAGAAGGACCUGGCUACACUGCAUUGAAAACCGGAGAAAUAGUUUAUCUAAUAAAAUGCAAGCCUGUAGACGUUGAACUUGACAGAAGCCCAGUGUUGCCGAUGAUGUGGUAA